UGGUACAAGAGACGAGGGUCGCAUUCUCGACACUCCUGCGUCGUCCCCACAUGGCUCGUUGGAGAUAUAUUGAGCAUGCUCUGUGCUCGGCCUGCUCGACAUCUACUUUGAGAGGCUCUACAACGCCCACCUGCUCUUCCGCAAGCCGCCUUUGUUCGCAGCCUACCUCGACGGGCGGCUGCCCCCGUAUCUCCUCAAGGCCAUCUUUGCCGUGGCAACAAUCCAGCUUCGUCCAAGCGCUGAGGUCCCGGCCCGCAUCAUCUCGCAUCCCCAGCUUCCGCAUCCCUCCCGAGCUGGCCACGUUUGAGCCAUAUGCCAGACAUGGCCACGCCUGGGCCACCUCGGCGGCGGCCGAGGUCUUGUCGCUUGCCGACUGCCCCACGGUCGAGUCUGUCCAAACCCUCUGGUGUCUAGGCAUCUACUGGUUCGCUAUGUCGGACACGCCUAGAGUCGACAUCACAAUGGCCAUUGCAUAUGCGUCAUGUGCCAAUUUCCAGCCCCCCAACAGCUUCUCGACCCCGACCCAGCGCAGCAGCGGCAGCAGCGGAUGCGGCAGGGCCAAUAACGACGCACAACUGGAGAGCAUGCGCUGCUGCUUCUGGGCCUGCUGGUCGUCCAUGUGCACGGCGGCCAUCCCGGAUGCUUACGCGCGCAACGCGUGGCAAGAAGCUGCCGGCGUGCCCCUUCCAACAAGCACCGAUCCUGGCGGCCCCCGCGAGUACAUGGACAAAGGCUGGCAGUGCCUGCCCAUUGGCGGGUGGCGACCGGGCGAGGAGGCGACUACGACAUACGACACCAUUGACGCGGCGUUUCUCAAGCUGAUUGGCAUCUGGGCGCGGGUGCAGAUCCUCGUGAGGCAUUCCUCGACGCCUCCAGACGUUGCCCAGUUUGAGGCGCUGACUGCCAAAACACAAGACGUGUACAGCGCAGCCUCUUUUCCAGCGGCCCGCCCGCGAUCCGGUGGCACUGCAGACUCCUCGGACCACGCCAGGCUGGUGGGCUUGCACUCGCUCUACCACCUCUGCCGCAUGGUCCUGCUGUGCCCCCUCGUGGCCAUGUUCUCCGGGCACCAGCAUCAGCAGCAGCACCAGCAGCCAAGCGCCGCCGCCGCCGCGCACACCGUGCGAUCCAAGGCAGAGACGGCAGUCGAGCACGCGCUCGCGCAGCACCGGCUGGUCCGGGAGUACGCGGCGGCGGCGGCCGGGGGCGACGCCACGCGCAUCAGCCCGCUGACUCUGUUUGCGAGCUUCGUCUCCACGUCGAUCCUGCCGACCGCGGCCAAGCCGGAGGUCUCUUCUCAUCCGCAGCCGCCGCCGCCGCCGUCGUCGUCGUCGUCGCCUUGCGCUGCUCCUGCUGCUGGUGAUGGUGGAGUCAUCAGUAAUAGUCUGGCCCAGGUCCUGCUGAUUGCCGAGGGCACCUUGUACCUGCUCGAAACUCUGCAGACCUUCUGGAAGCCCCUGGAACCUCUUACUGCUAGGUUUCCCGGCCCCGUCGAGCCUCGCCGAGACGCACAUCCCGAGCCCGUCGACCGGGCAGUUGAGGAUAUCGCUAACCCGGGCCAACAGCCCCGGCCAGGGCGCUGGGGCAAUCGAGACGACCUCGGUUAUGACACCAUGCUGGACUUGCAGCUCACGUCUGAUGGGUGGGACAUGGAGCUCUUGUCCUUUUGUCCUACCAAUUUUGUCUGA